AUGCAGAAAGGACAGGGUUUUAUGCAUACAGUGGGGGAAUUCCCCACAACGCGACCACCCAAAUGGCUUCACAAUGGGAUCCAAAACAUCACAUACCAAGACAUUCUCACAGACCGCCUCACCUUGCUGGGCAACUGGAGGUUUUACCAAUGCCUCAUUCACCCCUUCUGGCAUGACCCUGCAAUUCUUCAUGGGCUGGAAGAGAUGUUUCGCAUCUUCAUGCCUGCCAAUCUCAUCUGCAAGAGUUAUGAGACCCUUGACACUGAACAUGACUUUGUUCCCUAUGUUCCAUUGGACGACUCAGCUGUGGGUGCGACUCACGAAAUGAUGAUUGAGAUCAUCAAGCGUAUGCUUAAUGACAUGAAAGAUGAAGCUCCACCAUCUCCCAAGGUUAUUGAAGAUGCAUGUGAGUGUUACCAGGCAAGGUUGUGUCAUGAUUUUACUAGUGAUGAUGUGGAGGAUAUUCAUAUUUGCCAGGAGCAUAGUGCCUCUCAUGAAUCACGCCAAUCUCAACAUAACAGGCACCCUGGCCUCAGAGACCUCAUGAUUCCCACAGGCGUUCAAGGUACUCAACCCUCUCCACCCCCUACAUUCAGCAUCUUUCAUUUGUCUGGGUCCCCUGACUCUCCUCAGUUUCUUGUGGAGGACUUGGCCAGUCUUCCUCAUGCAUUUGCUGCCUCUCAGGCAACAAAGUCCUUUAACAUGUCCUCCACACCGUUGGCUCAGGUCACUGGGAAAAGGCCAUACAUUGGGACCUACACACCAAAGCCAGGCAGGUCGUCUGCAGUGUCUGUGCCAUCUCUGGCAUCCACUGCUGUUGACCCAGUGGAUAGAGCAAGGCUCAGGACAGAUACAACAACUUCUUUAAUGUCUUCAUCUACAUCUACAUCAUCUAGCAAAGCUACACAGCCUUCAGAUACCCAAUGCCUUCAAUACCCCAUCAGUCAAACUAUCCUUGAACCUGAAUUUUUCCAUGGCCUGCCCACUUUUAAUCUCCAUGGCUCCGCUUCCACUGGUCUUGUUCAUACCACUCUUCCUGCCAUACACAAGGAUGAAGAUGGUGAUGAAGACAAUCAGUCCAGGAAGAAACCAUGCUGGCAAGGUCUUUGA